UUGUCUGUUCAGUCUCUGUUUCGGCUUUCCGCUUUUGGUCAGUUCUUACCUAGAGUCUUCUCACGUCCGCAGGCAAUAUCCCGAAGAUGUCGUUAGUGAGGUGUCUGAUUGGCCAUAAUUCCAACCAAUCACAAAAUUGCAUCCGCCACUCCACCUGUCUGCACACCUCUUGCAGCAUCACCAAAGGGACGAGGGGAAUGAAAUGGCUGCAUUCCUCCGCUUUCAGACAGACCCAAAUCACUUGGGUCCUCUCAGUUUAAUUACCCGCCCGCGUCGAAGACGUUGUUCCCAACGCUCCCUCCCCUCUCUCAGCCAUUUGCCUUAUUCUCUCUCUCUUUCUCUCUUUCUCUCUUUCUCUCUCUCUCUCUCUCUCUCUCUCUCUCUCUCUCUCUCUCUCUCUCUCUCUCACGCCCUCGCAUAAGUCUAUUCUUCAACCUCCUGUUCCAUCAAAUAUCUCAUCCACCGUGUCACUCACAUCAAUGUCGGCCUUCAACGCUCACAGGACCGGCUCUAAACUCACCGCAAGCCCCUCUAGACGACAAGUCUCGUGACGUUUGAAUGCCCGAGAGGCUCAUCCGUUCCCGUAAGCGAACAACGAACCUCUGACCUACUCUCCUGCCAUCGUCACCACUUCGGCGGCCCCCCCCCCGAUGCCUUCAGAUCGUGAGCAGCACAGGUCGACAAAUGGGCCAGCCGAGACACGCUUAACCUCUACGAUUAGCUUGAAGGCAACAAUGACCACCGGAAAGCGGCAAGUCACCGCGUUACCGUAUACAGCCGUCCCGAACAUCCAUACCCGUAUUCCUUGCCUAUCGCCAAAUUCAUGCAGGUAUCGCGAACAACAACCACCAACUUCAUUCGACCACCCACGAAACCCUACAUUUCUUUGCCGGAAACAAACAGACCAUGCGUACAUUAAGCAGAACCCAAAUGCUUACGCUACAAAACAGACUUGGCUAUGAUCGACAGCCAAACCGACGACUCAUCGCCACCCAUGCUGAAAUCCAGCUCCUCGUCACGCGCCGCGUCUUAGCCGGUAUCCAUGUCCAUUAGGACUGAUGGAACCUCACACUGUUCCAUUCGUUAUCCUCGCUCUCCCCAAACUUGGGUAGUUCCCCAGUUGCUGGUCUCAGCCUUGACUUUAAAUCUUUAACAAAAAGUUUCUUUAUUUUCCUUUCUGACUGACAAGGUAUCGGUUUCCUAAACUAUCCCCCCUCCAACUGUUAUCCCAUAAGCCAUUGCAGAAAUCCCGCGCAUAAUACAGACAAAAAGGGACACUAAAAUUACAUAUACACAGCGGACCCUUUCUGUCUUCCGCUCACACUAUCUUUCUCGCCCUCUGUUUUCCUCACCUACCUCCCUUUUUGGCUAUUGCUCCAUCAUCAUCCGCCGUACCGAGGAAUACACCGGUCUAGGGGAAUACGCCGCCUCCUGACAGAGAAAUCGUCGACAUCGUACUGUUGUUACACGGAAGUAUUGUUUGGCUUUCUCCAACGCCGCGAGGCAAUGGCGGGGGGGAAACAAUACUGAAAAAAGAAAAGAAAAAACAGACAUGAGCUGCUUGCCCCUUCCAUCUCCCAAAACAAAUCCACGACCGAGCCUAUCGUAUAUCAGGCAUCGUGUCGCUGACGGUCCCUUUUUGCUCCUGUUCCGUUCCUUUCACCGCUCUCAUUAUCGCCUCUCGCCACCUUCGUCUCUUUCCCUCCUCCCAAGGUCGUAAAAGGAGCCAUCAGUGUUGGGAUAUCGUUAAAUGAUCCCCCUUUCUUCCCGUCCCUGCUCCCCAUCGGCCCGCCCAGCUCUGAUUGUUAUGCUUUCGUUGCAUCGUGUCAGCGAGUAAGGUUCCCUGUGCCGACAUGGUCGACACUCAAGGCACCUGUGCUCGUCAUGAUA